AUGAAGAAAUCGCGACGAGCAAGAAAAAUAAAAACCACGCAGAGUGCAUCCCAGUGCGAGCCGAGCGUCGGCGCGAUCCGAUUGGUGGGUUACGGCAUGUGGGUGUGGCCGUCCGUGACCCCGCCCACCCAGUUGGGGUUCUUUGUGAGCAUCUGGUCAAAUGGCUUUAGGCGCUCGGCGGCCGCGCCACGCGUACACGUACUGGACACAGUGUAUCCCAACGCGUUCCCGGAGUGCGUUGAGGAGACGCCGGGCCUGUCCGGCAAGAUAGGCACGGAGUCCAAAUUGGUGUGCGGCUGGAGUGGGCCAGGCUACGCGUUGGACGGCGUGGACAGCAGCCUGCUCCGGCCGCCGCAGCCCCAUACCAGCCAACUCGGGACCGUCUACGCCACGAAGCGGCGACGGAGAAAUGGAAAGAGGUAG